GCGAAGGCGGGGCGGCCGGGUGGGAAUAUGAACAGCGCGAGCCGUGAGUUGGAGCUCAGAGGAGCUGGAGGGAAAGUAAAUCGCCUUGUAGAUCAACUGAUAUCAGUCAAGUGUCCAGCGCUGUGCGCGUGAUAGUAAGAAAAAAUGUCCCAGCAAGCGGUGAACGGGGGCCCGUGCCGGGGCAAGGUGCUGACUUUGGACAACAUGAACCCCAAUGUGAGGCGGGUUGAGUACGCGGUCCGUGGUCCCAUAGUCCAGCGGGCGAUGCAGAUAGAAAAGGAGCUGAAAGAGGGAGUCAAGAAGCCUUUCACAGAAGUCAUCAAGGCUAACAUAGGUGACGCCCACGCUAUGGGUCAGAAACCAAUCACAUUUUUCAGACAGGUCAUGGCUCUGUGUUCUUACCCUGAACUCUUAGAAGACAACAAGUUUCCAGAGGACGCCAAGAACAGAGCGCGACGUAUUCUCCAGGCCUGCGGAGGUCACAGUAUAGGGGCCUACAGUGCGAGCCAGGGCAUUGAGUGCAUCCGUCAGGAUGUGUCGCGCUACAUAGAGAAGAGAGAUGGUGGAAUCUCCUCCAACCCUGACAAUAUCUACCUCUCUACUGGGGCCAGUGAUGCCAUCGUGACCAUGCUGAAGUUGCUGGUGUGUGGCGAGGGUCGCGACCGUACAGGAGUGAUGAUCUCUAUUCCCCAGUAUCCUCUGUACUCAGCCGCCCUGGCAGACCUGGGCGCCGUGCAGAUCAAUUACUACCUGGACGAGGAGAAGUGUUGGAGUCUGGAUGUUAUAGAGCUCAGGAGAGCCCUCAAUGAAGCCAGGAAGCACUGCAAUCCCCGGGUCCUCUGCAUCAUCAACCCUGGAAACCCCACCGGUCAGGUCCAGAGCAGACAGUGCAUUGAAGAUGUGAUCCGAUUUGCUAAGGAGGAGCAUCUCUUCCUGAUGGCUGAUGAAGUCUACCAGGAUAAUGUGUAUGCAGAGGGCUGUAAGUUUCACUCCUUUAAGAAGGUGUUGUUUGAGAUGGGACCAGAGUACUCCAGUAUAGUGGAGAUGGCCUCCUUCCACUCCACCUCCAAAUGCUACAUGGGAGAGUGUGGAUUCCGUGGAGGCUACAUGGAGGUGAUUAACAUGGACCCCGAGGUGAAGGCCCAGCUCACCAAACUGGUAUCGGUGCGUCUGUGCCCCCCCAUCCCCGGACAGGCUCUCCUGGACUUGGUGGUCAACCCCCCGCAGCCCGAUGAGCCCUCCUACACCACGUUUAUGAAGGAGCGGACAGCUGUGCUAGCAACUUUAGCAGAGAAGGCCAGGCUAACAGAGGAGGUCUUCAACACGGUACCCGGUAUCACCUGUAACCCUGUGCAGGGGGCAAUGUACACCUUCCCCCGCAUCACUCUGCCUCAGAAGGUCAUCGACAAGGCAAAGGAGGAGGGCCAGGUCCCAGACAUGGUCUACUGUAUGAGGCUGCUGGAGGAGGAGGGUAUCUGCCUGGUGCCGGGUAGUGGCUUCGGCCAGAGAGAGGGAACCUUCCACUUCAGGAUGACCAUCUUGCCUUCUACUGAGAAGUUGAAGAUCGUACUGCAGAAGAUCUGCGAGUUCCACCUGCGGUUCACGCGAGAGUUUUCUUAACGACCCCCCCAACUUUCAAGAACCAACUCAUAUUCUGUGCCAGUAUCGUCAAGUGCCUUUAUGUGAAGGAGGCAAUGUUAACCUCCUACAAUGCACAUCUCUCAGCUCAAAGCUGGAUUCUCGCUAGUUCAGACGUUUAAAGACACUUUGACAUCAGUGAAGAACUUUGAAUGUUCCCUUGUUUAGACCGAGUGAAAGCUAGUCCUGCUCAUGUGUUCGUACAUGUGAUUUUCAGUACAUGAUGCACUUUCCCAAAGUAUUACUGGGCCAGGUUUUUGUUCAAAAAUAUUUAGUUCUGACUGUGUUACCUAUAGGGUUUAAGAUAUCUUCAGAUGUUGUCACAGAAGCUGCUAUGGGAGCAUCUCUCUCCCAGCAAAGACUUAUAAUACAGCCAAAUUAGGUAGAAGUAUCAAUUUAAUAACUUGUGAUUAAUCUGAUUUGGCUGUAGAGCCAUUUGUUUUACUAAUGUUUAAAUUGUUCUUAAAUGUGAUUAAAAAAAAACUUGAUUUUGUUA